AUGGGAUGUAAUCGUGGAAAACAAGUUAUUACAAGUAGAGGAGGCUCUCGGUCAAUUGCCAAUCACGUAUACCACAUGACAAAUCGCGAGACUCAAACGCAGCCUAGCCUCUUUGAAGUCUAUUACAAGUUGCAUUAUAAUGAUAAAAAAGGAUGGCAAAAUAAUGAGGCAGAAACUGAAUAUGCGAAUAUUAUUCAACAUAAAGAGGAGGCGGUGGCGAAGUUAAUUUCUAAUGGGACAACGAUAACUACUACCAUGGACCACGAGCUCGAAAAGGAGGCAAUUGAAAGUGUAUGUGCCAAGAAAAAAACAAAAAAAUCUGCAUGGAAGGUAGGCAUUGGACCGGUUUUCAGAAAAAAAGAUUUUUGGAUGACAUCGGAAGCUGGAUCGUCUCAACGAUCUUCAAGCGAGACGAGACGGAAGCACUUCGAAAUCAAGUGGCUUUACUAG